UCGUAGCCUGUGUUUCGGUGUUAUUUUUAACCCGCUGUGCUGUAAUGAACGAGUUUCGAGUAGUUGGAAGCCUUCAAGCAACCCGCUGAUCCAUAUGCGCGUCUUCCAAUAACUAUUCCUUCGUUUUCGCGUGUCACAAUCGAUGGAUUUUGCGAACUGUUCGGCAAAACGAGCCUCGAAGAGUUGCUGCGGUCGUGAGACUGGAAUGGAUAGCGAGCUCGGAAGUUGUGAUCAUAUCUACGCGAGUUUGGUCGAGUGCAACAGCAAAGGUAUAAAUAAAGAGGAGUUUCCCGUUAACGUCGAACCAGGAACGAUAGGAUCUACAAACAAACGCAAUGAAGAUCCCAGAAAGAAAGCGGCUUCUUGGUCUACGAACUCCAAGAUCUUGACGCAUCAGCCUUCGCCCGUUUUGACUCACAAAAUGAGCGGCGAAGUCGACGAAGCGUCGCCAAGAGAGGUAAUGCGCUCCCCGUACAGAUUAUCGUACGAUGCGAAUUUCCAGUGUCCCCGCUGUGGUCGGAGGAUGGAGGAGCCUAGACUUCUUCCUUGCUUACAUCCUAUAUGUUUGUCGUGCGUCUACGAAUUGAUAAGCAGGCCUUCCUACGUUCCUCUGGGCAGCGAUACACGAGACUACAGUCGAACGUAUGCAACGACGAUCAGCUUUCGCGAAACGUGUCCGUUAUGCGACUCGUACUUGCCGGGCGUGAACUCUUCGAUACCGCCGCCGCAUUAUCCUUUGCAACAUCGUUUAGUCAUGGACACUGUGCGACGCAAAUUGGUCAACAGGGUACUCUGUGAUACCUGCGCUGCUGAGGUUCCGGCGCUUAUACAGUGUUCUACGUGUUUACGUAAUUUUUGCUCGGAGUGCGGCAGACAACAUGAACAACAGAAUAUUACAGAAGCGAGAACAACGAAUCAUUUAAUGAGGCCACUGUGGGAGGCUACCAAAGUACGACGGACGAUUCUGUGCCAGACGCACCCAAUACACGCCUUGAGAUUUUAUUGCAUCGCGUGUCAGCAGGUGACGUGUAAGGAAUGCAUGUGGAGUAUACAACAUCGAGGACACGCUAGCGAAGACGCUGUCGGAGUGGGAAAACGAGCCAGCGUCUAUUUGACAACGAUGUUGCAAAGGGCGAGAAUGGUCUUAAAUAAUCUGUUGACUCAGUACGAUUACGAUGUAUUUUCUAAUAACGCCUUCGAGGAAUCGCAGAACCUAGCAAAGUCCUACAGGUACAUACGUUUUAGUUUUAUAUGUUGUAAACUGGAAAUUAUAAUUUGGACGAACUUUUGGAAUAUUGUAUGACUAUGGAGCCAUACAAUAUUCCAAAAGUUUAUACAUUUUUACUUUAGUCGCGUACAGCUAAAGUAUAACAUUUUAGUACAUUUUAAUACAUGGGACCACGAAAAUUUUAUCUUAAUAUCUUCGUACUAAGGUACAUAAUCGUCAUGUGAUCAAUACGAAAGUAACGAGCAAGUGAACGUAAAUAAACAAAUGUUACGAUAUAA